GUGUGCACAAAGGCAGGUGGUUGAAACAAAUCCCCGUUACAAUGGACGCGCUCAUUGGUUCCUGCAGCUCGGCCUGACGCGCUCCAGCGGAGGGAGUUCCUGUCUGCCCCGUGUUGUGACAUCCAAAACUAAUCUGGCGCAAGUUCCAGUUUUCAUCUUGACAUUUUGUCCGUCGCUCUCCGCCACGUGUGAAGCUAUGUGACCACCAUGUUUGGUUUCCACGGCGGGAUUCAUCAUCGUGUGAGAGGAGACCCCGACCUUGUACCGAAAUGGCAAACCAUGAGCGAAACAAAAAGAUCUUACUGGAACUGGUGAAGCAGCCGCACAACAGUCGGUGCGCGGACUGUGGUGCCGCCGAUCCAGACUGGGCAUCCUACAAGCUGGGUGUGUUUGUGUGUCUGACCUGCUCUGGCAUCCAUCGCAGCCUGUCCAGCCGGGUCAAAUCCAUCAAGCUGGACUACUGGGAGGAUGAGCUGGUGGAGUUCAUGAAAGCCAACGGCAAUACCAGUGCCCAAGCUCUGUAUGAGAAGGCUGUUCCACCGUACUACUAUCAGCCACAGGAAAAUGACUGUAUCGUCUUAAGAGAGCAGUGGAUUCGGGCUAAAUAUGAAAGGAUGGAAUUCACGGGAGAAACCAAGUAUCCACCACUUUCAUACACAACAGGUUUCUAUGAAGGCAUGCUGUGGAAGAAAGGGAAAGAGAACACACAGUUUCUGAAGAGGAAGUUUGUGCUGUCGGAGAGGGAAUUCACCCUGACUUACUAUAACAAGGAAAAUGAGUCCAAAGGCCCCAAAGCUGUGAUCUCCAUCAAGGACUUAAACGCCACCUUUCAACCAGAGAAGAUUGGUCAUCCAAACGGGCUGCAGAUCACCUACCAAGAUGACAGUCACACCAGGAACCUCUAUGUCUAUCACGAGAGUCCUGAGGAAAUUGUCACGUGGUACAACGCCAUCCGUGCUGCUCGUUAUGCAUACCUGAAGACGGCAUACCCGACUGGCAGCGAUGAAGAACUGAUACCAAAGAUAACAAGAAACUACCUCAAAGAGGGGUACAUGGAAAAGACAGGGCCAUUGCAAAAGGAGCCAUUCAAAAAGAGGUGGUUUAUUUUGGAUUCUCAAAAUAGGAAGUUGUUUUACUUCAAAGGCCAGUUGGACGCAGAGGAGUUGGGGGUAAUUUUCAUCGGCACAGAGAGCAAAGGCUACUCUGUUAAGGAGUAUGUCCCAAAGCAUGCUCGGGGAAACAAAUGGAAGUGCGGUGUCAUGGUGGGGACACCCGAGCGGCAGUUUGUCUUCAUGUGCGAGCAGGAGAGGGAACAGAAAGAGUGGUUGGACGCCCUCAAACAAGUCCUGUACAGGCCCAUGGCGCCACAGGAUUAUACUGUUGAAGCCAGUAUGAAGUAUAAAAGAUAAACUACAGAGAGGUGUGUGAACAGGAUGAUGACUGCAGCGUUUGAAAGCACAGGUGUUGGCGCUGCUGCUGAAUUGUUCACCGUGAUGCUCCAAGUACUGACUCUCCUCAUUGAUCCAUGAUUCUGACUAUGCUGUCUGCCACAGUGUGUAUUAAAGACUAUUCACUUCCAUAAACUGAUGCAGGAUCUGAUGCUCGAUAUCAGACUACAGACUGUAUGUGUCUUUAUGUAAAAUCCCUUUUUAUGCCCCAACAUUCACCCCUGGCCCCUGAUCCACACAACGCAGGUUUCAAUCACUGCAUAUUAUCAUGCUGUUUUUGUGAUGUUUCUCAGGUUUUAAUAUUCAAACAUUUUUAAUGAAGAAGUUUAUGAAUUUUCAUUUGGUAGUGGACGUGUUUCAUGACACUAUUGCCCCCCCUCCCAAUGAAAAUAAAAGAUUUUUUAAAAAACAA